AUGGAGCUGUCAGAAGCGUCCGGCCCAAGGGACACGCAGGCACUGCUGUCUGCAACACAGACAAUGGAGCUGCAGAGGUUAGACUACCGUGUGGAGCGGCCACUGCUAAACCAGAAGCAACUGGAGGAGCUGGGGCACUGGGGCCCAGCACCCCCAAGCCACCCGUGGCGGAGCUGGUUUAAGUGCUCCCGAGCUCGGGCCCGUGCCUUACUGUUCCGAUACCUCCCAGUUUUGUACUGGCUACCCCGAUACUCUGUGCGCGACUGGCUCCUUGGUGAUCUGCUGUCUGGCUUGAGUGUGGCCAUCAUGCAAUUACCACAGGGUCUGGCCUACGCCCUCCUGGCUGGCCUGCCUCCCGUGUUCGGCCUCUAUAGCUCCUUCUACCCUGUCUUUGUCUACUUCCUGUUUGGCACCUCCCGGCACAUCUCUGUGGGGACCUUUGCUGUCAUGUCUGUGAUGGUGGGCAGUGUGACAGAAUCCCUCGUCCCAAGUAACACAACCAGUGAAGCAAUCAGAGACACUGUCCAGGCUGACCGGGUGCAGGUGGCCUCUACGCUCAGUGUCCUGGUUGGCCUAUUCCAGGUGGGGAUGGGCCUAGCCCACUUCGGCUUUGUGGUCACCUACCUUUCAGAGCCUCUGGUCCGUGGCUAUACUACAGCUGCAUCUGUGCAGGUCUUGGUAUCGCAGCUCAAGUAUGUGUUUGGCCUUCAUCUAAGCAGCCGCUCUGGACCUCUGUCUCUCAUUUAUACAGUGCUGGAGGUCUGCUGGAAGCUUCCCCAGAGUGUGGUCGGCACCAUCAUCACUGCACUUGUGGCGGGUGUAGUGCUUGUAGCGGUGAAACUGUUGAAUGACAAGCUGCAGCGUUACUUGCCCCUACCGCUGCCUGGGGAACUACUCACGCUCAUAGGGGCCACAGGCAUCUCCUACGGUGUGGGCCUGCAGGAAAAAUUUGGGGUGGAUGUUGUGGGCAGCAUCCCUGCAGGGCUGGUCCCCCCAGUGGCUCCCAACCCCAAGCUGUUUGCACAGCUUGUGGGAAAUGCCUUCGCCAUCGCCGUGGUUGGGUUCGCCAUUGCCAUCUCGCUGGGGAAGAUCUUCGCCAUGAGGCAUGGCUACCGGGUGGACAGCAACCAGGAGCUGGUGGCCCUUGGCCUCAGUAACUUCAUCGGGGGCAUCUUCCAGUGUUUCCCCAUCAGCUGCUCCAUGUCUCGGAGCCUGGUAAUGGAGAACACUGGAGGAAACACACAGGUGGCCGGAGCUGUCUCUUCUCUCUUCAUCCUCAUCAUCAUUCUCAAACUUGGUGAACUUUUUCAAGAUCUGCCCAAGGCAGUCUUGGCGGCCACCAUUAUUGUGAACCUAAAGGGCAUGUUGAUGCAGUUUAAGGACAUAUGCUCCCUCUGGAAGACAAAUCGAAUCGAUCUGCUCAUCUGGCUGGUGACCUUUGUGUCCACCAUCCUGCUAAACCUGGACCUUGGCCUGGUAGUUGCAGUGGUCUUCUCUCUGCUGCUCAUGGUGGUCCGCACACAGCUACCCCAGUACUCUGUCCUGGGGCAGGUGCCAGACACGGAUGUUUAUAGAGAUGUGGCAGAGUACGCAGAGGCUAGGGAAGUCCCCGGUGUGAAGAUCUUUCGCUCUUCAGUCACCAUGUAUUUUGCCAAUGCUGAGCUCUACAGUGAUGCGCUGAAGCAAAGGUGUGGUGUGGACGUUGACCACCUCAUCUCCAGGAAGAAGAAGCUGCUCAAGAAGAAGGAGCUAAAGCUGAAGCGAUUGCAGAAGAAGCAGCCCCAGAAACAGGCUGCCUCCUCCAAGGGCACCUCAUUCACCAUGAAUGUCAACCCUGACUUUGAAGACACUGAGAUAAAAAAUGUGGAGGACUCCAAGAUCAAGGAGGCAAAUACAAAGGAUGAGGUAGAUGGUGCAGUGGUCAGCAGUCAAGGAGAUGCCAAGGCCUCAGAUGUGUCCACAUUGAAGACCCUGGGCCUGCCUCAGCCAGACUUCCACAGCCUCAUCCUGGACCUCAGUGCUCUUUCCUUUGUGGACACUGUGUCCCUCAAGAACCUGAAAAAUAUUUUCCAUGACUUCCGGGAGAUCGAGGUGGAGGUGUAUUUGGCCGCCUGCCACACUCCUGUCGUCACCCAGUUGGAGAACGGGCACUUCUUUGAUGCCUCCAUCACUAAGCAGCAUCUCUUUGCUACUGUCCACGAUGCUGUCACUUUUGCCGUCCAACAUCGGAGGUCCGGCUCCAUCAGCCCUACAGUGGUGAGCUGA